CUGCUCUCUGGAUGCCGCCUUGCCCUGUUCCUCGGAGGCGCAGGGGCAGGGGCUUUGCCCCGACGUGCUGCACCGGGCUGGCCGCAGCCCAAGCGGGCAGGAGACCUACACGCCGCGCCUCAUCCUUAUGGACCUGAAAGGAAACCUGAACACUCUGCCACAAGAGGGAUGUUUGUAUGGAGACCCAAAGAGAGACACCUCGGUAGCCUGGCAGGGUAAUCUGAUAACUCAUCAGGAAGACCCGCCUACAAGAAACCUUUUCCUACAGGAUCUCAGCAAACUGCAGGGAUGCCUGUCCUCUGAAGGCGACUUGGGUCCCAGAGCGCACGCUCUGAGUAAAGAUGGAUCUCCGCUCCCUACACAGCUGCACGUUUCCCAGAAGGGUCGCCCUCUGGAAGGCAGUGUGCAGGUUUGGUCUGAUUACCUCCGAGUGCGUCUGCAUCCCAGGAGCACCUGCAUGAUACGGCAGUACAACUAUGAUGGGGAGUCCUGUCAACUCGAAGCCUUUGGACAAGGUGAAAGCCUCCUGCAUGACCCCACGUACCAAGAGGAGCUAGAGGAUCGACUGCACUUCUACGUGGAAGAGUGUGAUUAUCUGCAGGGCUUUCAGAUUCUCUGCGACUUGGACAAUGGCUUUUCUGGAGUGGGAGCUAAGGUGACGGAACUUCUCCACGAUGAGUAUUCGGGACGAGGCAUCCUGACCUGGGGAUUGACUCCAGUCAUUCAGAACACGGAGGUGUCCGGGAAGGAUUUUUACCGGCUGAUGAACACGGUCCUGGGAAUUGUCCAUCUCUCCAGUCACAGCUCUCUCUUUUGCCCACUGUCACUCAGUGGAAGUUUGGGACUCAGGCCAGAAGCCCCUGUAACACUCCCUUAUGCACACUAUGAGGCCUCUCUCAACUACCACAGCAGCGCCAUCUUGGCCACAGCAUUGGAUACCCUCAGUGUCCCCUACAGACUCCAGUCCUCCCCCAUCUCCAUGGCGCAGCUUGCGGAUGCAUUUAACGUCUCUGGGAGAAAGGUGGUGACUGCAGGGGCUGCUCUGCCCUUUCCUAUGGCACAUGAUCAGUCUCUCCCAGAUGCUUUGUGCAACUACCAGCUUGCCGUGCCGUGGGCACCGCUGUCGUCGUGUGGGGAGCCAAAGGACAGCUGCUGUUUUGGUCAGGCUGUUGUGCUGAGGGGAAUUGGCAAAGAGAAGCAGAGCUGUAAUUGUCCUCCAGGGUCACAACCCAAGUCUGCCCUCCAUGCUUGCGGAACAGGAGAGGAGGUUCUGGAAUGCUACUUACAUGCCCAGUUCCCAGAGACAUUCAGCACCUCUUAUUUGCUUCAAGAGCCCUGUAAAGUGUCUACCCCAUACCCGCAGUUUUUCUCCGCUCUGCUAAACACACAAGGGUUCCUCCUGGACAACCCUCCACGCUGCUCAACCGCACUCGAAAGCAUUCCUGUACUAACAGCAGUGCAGUCAUCACCUGUUCUGUACAGUGCUCUCUGCCGUUUAUACAAGGAGCUGCAGCGAGUGAACCUACGCCGCUGGGCUAGCUAUUUUUCUGCCGGCGUGGAACUCUCUGAUUUUCAGGAGGCUCUACAUGAGCUCCGCACGCUAGCCCAAUGCUAUGAGACAAGCUCCGUGCUGGGUGAAUCAGAAGAUGAAGACUCAGACUAACUGUCCUUUCAGCAAGGAGAGAGACUUAAAGCCAGUGCCCUAGUUUAACUGAUUUUUCAAGAAUAAAAUGUUAGUGCAAAU